AAGUUACGUAAUACAUCCUUGAAAGAUUACGCGAGAUAGAAUAUUUGCGAGCAAUUUAUUUGUACAAUAGGAGGGGGGAAGAAACCUCAUAACCUGUACGCAUAUUACACCGUCACCGAUUCAAAAUGGCGUGUUACCAGUGAACGAAAAAACGUAGAUAAAAUUUGUAUUUCGUGGUGCUAAAUUCGUCGUUCGUGUUUCUAUAUGUGGUGAAUUUGAUAUUCUUCGCUAAGGGGGCGAGAAUUAUAAAAAGAUUAUGACACAGUUCUCGUGUGUGACAUUCUAGGAAAUCCGUUAGUAUAUUCGUAAUUGAGGUACGGAAUUAAUAAUGCAGGAAAUCGUCCUAGCAGCCUUCUCCGUGAUAUCGAGUCUUCUCAUAGUAUUUGGCCUGGUGCUGCUGGGUUGGUAUUUAGUUUGGAAGUUUUUCCUUUCAAGGUUCAGGUUUGUUCGAGAACUGUUGGGUGGAAUGAGUGAAUCUUCGCCUGUAAAUGAUUUAAAGAAUGGUAGAUCUCGUAUGAAAAAAAUUCGCAAAGACUAAGGGAACACGUUUGUACAUUUGACGAACAACGCAUCAGAAGAAGAAAAUUGACCAAAACGAAAUUGUCUUUCAUUUGUAUAACUAUAUUUUAAUUCGUCGAAAUGUCUAUAAAUAUACGCUGUGCUACUACAGAUGAUUUAUUGAAUAUACAGCAUUGUAAUCUGCAAUGUUUACCGGAAAAUUAUCAAAUGAAAUAUUAUUUGUACCAUGCUCUUUCUUGGCCACAAUUGAGUUAUGUGGCAGAAGAUGAAAAGGGCAGGAUAGUAGGUUAUGUCCUUGCUAAAAUGGAAGAAGAUUGUGAAGAUAAUCCACAUGGACAUAUUACCAGUUUAGCAGUAAAAAGAUCACAUAGAAGGCUUGGUAUUGCACAGAAGCUUAUGAACCAGGCUUCCAGAGCAAUGGUUGAAUGUUUUGGUGCAAAAUAUGUUUCUCUGCAUGUUCGUAGAAGUAACCGAGCAGCUUUGAAUUUAUAUACAAGCAGUUUGCAAUUUGAAGUAUCAGAAGUUGAGCCAAAAUAUUAUGCAGAUGGAGAAGAUGCUUAUGCUAUGAAACGAGACCUUAGCAGCUUUUAUUUGGAAAAAAAUGCAACGAAAGAGAAAACAAACAAAGAUGGUAAUACGCACAUACAUACUGGCAGAUGCUAUGAUCGUUCAUAGUCAGUUAGGGAUGUUUACUUAUAAUUAGCAAUUCAUUUCGUGCGUCAUUAAUUCCAUGCUAUUUGGAUUUGAAUCACUAUUAUACAUAUGAAUAUGUAUUUUUCAUAAAUAAAUUUUGAUGAAAAGUGCAGGAAAUAAUCAUGAGUCAAACAUGGUUUGAAUGUUGACAUGUGUAUAUAUGUGUGUGUGUGU